UCCCACAUCCCAAAAACAUGCAACAUUAAUUGGACACUCUAAAUUGCCCCCAGGUGUGAUUUUGAGUGCGACUGUUUGUCUCCUAUUUGGCCUUCGAUUAGCUGGCAACCAAUUCAGGGUGCACCCCGCCUCCUGCCCAACGACAGCUGGGGUAGGCUCCGGCACUUCCGCAACCCUUGUGAGGAUAAGCGGAUCAGUUAAUAGCUGGAUGAACCUCCUGGAUCCAGAAGAAACGCUCCAACGGCCAUUUGGACAUUUAUUCUGUUUCCUACUUGUGUGCUGAAUUUUCUCAGUCGUCAUGACAGGCAGUGCAACAGAGACAAGCUCCUCUUCAGGGGGAGGAGGAGGUGGGGGAGGAAGAGGAGGAGGAGGAGGAAGAGGAGAUGCUCUUGGCUUGUGUCGGCAGAUCCUGCAAAUCGUCAUUCGUUGCCGUACUGGAAGUUGACUUCCUCCCUUCAAUUUUACAGAAGCUACGAUGCCUUGGACCAGACCCCAGGUGGAACUCCAGUCGGCCGAGGCGGCAGUCACUGCGGGCGUCGGCAUCGUGGACCACCACUACGAAGGCUCCCUGUUCCCCACAUCCACUCUCAUCCCCGUGACGGUCAUCUGCGUGGCCAUCUUGGUGGUGGGCGUGGCGGGCAACACCAUGACCAUCCUCAUCAUCCAGCACUUCAAGGACAUGAAGACCACCACCAACCUGUACCUGUCCAGCAUGGCCGUGUCCGACCUGCUCAUCUUCCUGUGCCUGCCCUUCGACCUCUACCGCCUGUGGAAGUACGUGCCGUGGCUGUUCGGCGAGGCCGUGUGCCUGCUCUACCACUACGUGUUCGAGGGGUGCACGUCGGCCACCAUUUUGCACAUCGCCGCCUUGAGCGUGGAGCGCUACCUGGCCAUCAGCUUCCCGCUGCGCACCAAGGUUCUGGUGACCAAACGGCGUGUCCAGUACAUCAUCGCCGCCCUGUGGGGUUUCGCUCUGGCCUCGUCCACGCCCACCCUCUUCCUGGUGGGCGUGGAGUACGACAACCACACGGCGGCGCGGGGCGGCGGCCAGUGCAAGCACACGGACGACGCCAUCCACUCGGGCCGGCUGCACAUCAUGCUGUGGGUCUCCACCGGGUACUUCGUCUGCCCCAUGCUGUGCCUCGUCUUCCUUUACGGCUCCAUCGGACUCAAGCUGUGGAAGAGCAAAAGCGACGUGAGGGGACCGAGCGCGCUCGCCAGGGAACGCUCGCACAGGCAAACCGUCAAGAUCCUCGUGGUGGUGGUGCUGGCCUUCAUCAUCUGCUGGCUUCCUUACCACAUCGGCCGCAACCUCUUCGCCCAGGUGGACGACUACGACACGGCCUUGCUGAGCCAGAACUUCAACAUGGCCUCCAUGGUGCUGUGCUACCUGAGCGCCUCCAUCAACCCGGUCGUCUACAACCUGAUGUCGCGCAAGUACCGCGCCGCUGCCAAGCGCCUCUUCCUGGUGCACCAUCGGUCCGGACCCCGGGAAUUUAACCGCCGCCUCCGCCAUGGUCGCCAGAGUCAGCUGAGCACCGUGGACCCCACGGAGAACCUGACGGGGUCCACUGCCGAACGUCUCCACCUUGCCGCCAUUGAGCGUUGAAAGAAAUGUUCAAAGCGAGUCUGCACGAGAAAGUUUCCCACUUAACCUAGAGUUAUAGUUUAAAAAAAAACAACUGCAACAGCACUCUAAAAUAUUGUUGUGCAUAUGGAAAUACAAAAGAAUUGAACUGUUUUUGUCAGACUUUGCAUCAAUUAAAUGGCAAUUUUCCUACUGCCCACCUAGGCCACAUGGGGGCAGCAAAAGACAGACACAGUGAUAGUCUAUCCACGGACAUCUGGACAGUACAGAGGACUCAGCUCCUCGCUGAGGACAAAGACGACAUGACUGUGAGUACUGUUAUAUUGAAUGUCUACAUGUGUUGCUGCACGGUUUAUGUUCAAAUAGUUGUUUAAAGGGUUACAUACAGUAUGUGCUUACCAUUGUUAUUUAGCGUUAGCAUUAAGCUUGCCAAAUGAAUGCAAAGCUAUAUGCUUGUUUUAAAAAGUUUAAUAUUCUUAGUUUUGUGUUUAUUUUGACAGAAAACUCAACAUCACCCAAACACCCUCCCCCCCAAAAAAAAAAAAAAAAAACGUGAAAAUGUUCUUAUUUUGGUGAGAUGUUUAUUAGCGAUCCAUGUGUUGUGUUAGCUUGUGUUAAACCCAGUACAAUACGAAUGAACGAUUUCUAAUUUUGGGAUAGGUUACUGUUUUAAUUGUGACUUAAAUGAAAAACUAUAAAAAAAAAACAUUUGAUAGUAUAUUUUGAAAAAAGUGUGGUGAGCUGUGUUUGUUGUGAUGCUUGUUUGUUUGAUAUUUAACAGUUUGUAUGUUAGCAUGUGCUAAAUGUUCAAUAGGACGAUACCAUUUUUUUCUUCUGUGAGGGGGCCCGACGGUAAAGUGGUGUCAUUGUGACUCAACUACAAAACUCUAAAAAUACAUACAAAUGGAGAAAUCAUGUUAAUAUGCUUUCAAUGGCCGUCGGUACGUUGGCAUGUGAUAGAUGCUACCUAUUAGACCGGAACAUAUUUUAAUGUUUGGCAGGGGGGAUGGUUAUGUCAUUCAUCUGUUCAUAUGUUAGCGUUUGACAUAAAACACAACAGAAGUGCAUGACUAUGCUAUUUUUCGUUUGGGGGGUGUCUCUUUUUCAAUUGGUUGUGGUUGAAUUGUGUCAUUAUUGUUGUGGUCCCGGAUUGUACAAAGUAUUUCUGAUGAUGUCUGCACUGGUGUCAGGUUACAAUGUUGUUGACAUUUUGUGGUGGUCGUCAGGUUUAUUAUUUUACAAUAUGCUGCGUUUACAACACAGUGGACACCCGCACAUCUGCUUUUCGCCACCCACAAAUUCUUGUAUUCCCCCAAUUUUUUUUUGAGGCAUCAAUUAUUCACUUACUUUCACUAUUCGAGCCCAGUCCCUAUCUCUGUGCAAAUAGUUUUCCGCUUCAUGUGCGAUAUUUCAAUUUUAAUGUUUAAAAAUGUAUUCAAUGUAUGAUAUUGUAUGUUUUCAUUUAAAUAAAUCUGACCGACAAAAAGA